AUGAUCCCCGCUACCAAGCGGACAGUCAACUCCUGUCUGCGAUGUCGCGCGCGAAAGAUUCGCUGCGGUCGCGAAAGACCUGAGUGCCAGAACUGCGCUCGUCAUGGACAUUCCUGCCGAUAUGCCCCUACGAUUCCUAGUGAGACCAUUCAGAAGGACAAUGAUGGGCCUUACCAGGAGCUUGCACGGCGACUAAGUCAUCUUGAGCUGGUCGUCGCGCGACUCGCAGGCAAUACUGCACCUGAGAGCUCCCCUCCGGAGGAAUCGACUGUUUCUAGUGCGGGCGAUGCCCACAAUGUGGACAAUGAGCCACGUCUCUUGUCAGGCUCGUACUGGAAGCAGUUGGCUGCACAGCACCCCGAUUUCAACGCCCUCAUAGACGCGGACCAAGAUUCACAACCACCAUCGAAACGAAUACAGCCCAGUCGUCCCUUGAACCUCUUUGUCGCCCCAGACCCCGAAUUCCACCCACAUGCGUAUAUGCCACCGCUACCUGAUGCCGAGCGAUUAUACAAUAUCUUCCUCGACCGGGUGGACCCAGUUGUGCGCCUAAUUCAUAAGCCAACGUUCUGGGAGGAAAUGAAAGAAUACUAUCUCCAAGUGGGACAUGAUAAUGGAGUGGAGAAACGAUCAACAGCGGCAUUCGAGGCGCUUCUAUUUGCUGUGUUGUUCAGCGCUCUGACUAGCUUAUCCGAGCAGGAGCACUGGGACUCAUCGCCUCCAGGUCAGGACUCUGCCCCUUCCCAGGUCAGGCAGGGAUGUCUAAAAGCUCUUCGGCUCGCCAUUGAGCAGAGUUUGGUCCGAUCAGAGUUUCUCGAAAAGCCGAGCCUUCACUCAAUCUCAGCUUGCUGUCUCUUUUUGUUUGUUACGUGCGAAGAAACCGACGUCCCAUACCAUUAUUGCUUGACCGGUCUCUUACUACGCGUUGCGCGAUCAUUUUCUCUUCAUAUGGACCCAGAGGCGCUUUCAGACCGGAAGCGAGCACAGAAACCAGCACAACCACCAUUCAGCGGCAUUGUCACCGAACUUCGCCGGCGAGUUUGGCACGUCAUUGUUCACCUUGACUUCAUGUCUAGUGAAGCACGUGGCGUAGAUCCUGAGCCCAUUGGCAUGCAAACUUGGCCCACAACCCUUGCGACUGCAUUACCGGGCAACAUGAAUGACGAAGACAUCAUGCAGGAUAAAACUACUGCCCGUUUUACUGACAUGACAAUGUCUCUCGUCCGCUACCAACUCUCCCUCGGCCUGAGACAACUAGUGACAACCCCUGCCCCCCCCAGCAGGAAAUGCCUUGAUGAAACAAUAGAAGUAGUCAACAGACAAUACUUGCAAUUCUGCCACGCUAGCGACCCUAUCCAGAGAGUGACGCUGGAGCUUGGCCGCCUUGGAGAAUAUAAACUCCGGCUCUUGGUGUAUCAUCGAUUUCUGAAAGAACGCAAUGGCACUACCAAUAGUAACAAUCACUGGACCCCGGCUCGAAAGAAGGCUAUGGAAUAUGCCAAAGAUCUGAUUUCUUCCUAUCAGAAUGUUUUAGCCGACCCUAAUAUUAGACGAUUCCACUGGCACAUUCGACGUCACUCCCAACUGCACGGAAUGCUCCACAUAAUAAACGAGCUAUCAACAAUAGAUACUUUCGAUCUAUCAAGCGAUAUCAGUGUUAUUUGCAAACAGGCUUGGGAAACCAUUGCCGACGUGGAGAUGGAAUACGGCAAUUCAGGAGAAGAAAACAGCGACGAGGAACGACUUUGGACCUUUCUACAUAAUCUGCGGGAGAAAGUGAGGCUUCGCUUAUACACCCAGGGAUUCAUCAGUCGAGGCUUUACUGCGGAUUCGGCAUGGGAAGCCGAAUAUGAUUCCCCUAUGGGUGGCAUUGAUAGUACGAACCUGCUAGAAUCACUGUUCGGUGGCCAGUAUGGAUUCAGCGGUAAUAUUGGCCUGGAAUUAUGA